UUCAAGUCAUCCAGUUUAAUUGUAAGAAUAUUUUUUUAGAAUAAAAGUGUAAAAUGAAGACUGUUGCAAUAAGCUGUAUAUUUUAUUUUUCAAUUUUUAUAUUACUUGCAAAUGCAAAAUCACCAAAUAAAAUUUUUGGAGGUGAUAGGGUUGUACGAAUUGAAGAUCAUCCACAUCAAGUGUCAAUACGUCAUCGAAAUAGACAUAUAUGUUCGGGUUCAAUAAUAUCAUAUUAUCAUAUAUUGACAGCAGCAAGUUGUGUUACAGCUGAUGUUGGUGUUUUUUAUGCAAAUAUUAAAGUUUUAAGUGGUACUAUCAAUAAAAAUGAUGUUACCAAUGGACAUAUUCAUCCAGUUAUGUUGUCAAUUGUCCAUUCGCAUUAUAGUCCACGUAACUUUUGGAGAAAUGAUGUUGCAUUAUUGAGACUUGCUGAUCGACUUGUACCAAUGAAUACUUGCAAACCAAUUUCUGUAUCACGAACCAGUAUGCCAUCGAGAAAUUCAUUUGAAAUAACUGGCUGGGGUGGACUUGGAGGACUUAAUUUGCCAGAUUUAGCAACAGCCGAACUUAAAAGAAUUACUGUCAGGGCUGUAGAUGAUGAUUUAUGUUGGAAAUUUUAUGAAAAAUUUGGUGGUUUAUCUUCAACACAAAAAUGUGCAAUGAGUGCAACACCUUUGACAUCAUAUAUCACUCCAGGUGAUGGUGGAAGUGGAAUAAUUUCUUCAAACACACUCUAUGGUGUUGUAUCUGUUCUCACAAUGGAUUUUGAUUAUCCAUUAAUUUACACUUCAGUAAACGUUUAUUUAAAUUGGAUUCACGAUAUGGUUGUUAGAUAUUGAUACAAUAAAAUCACUGACAAUUUAAUUCAUGAUUAUCAAAGACAAAUAAUUUAUUCACGAGUGAUAAUAGCCAUAAUCAACAUUUUUAUGAUGGACAU